AUGGGGUGGAGUACAGUGAGAUUAACAGCUGGGGGAUAUGGGGCGCCUGCGGAACAAAUUCGUGCAUCCAAGAGUUUGGAGGUUUCUAUUGGCGACGACAAUAAUUGGACCAAGUGGGUUCGAGCCAAAUCCCUACUCUGGGAAGAACGUCCCGGAAAUCAAGUGGAAUAUGCCCUUGUCGGUAAUGAUGUUACAGAUCAACUGGCAUAUAUACAUGAGCCAGGGAACCCAUUAAAGUUCUUAGAUAUUGUAGAUGAUGCUAGGCUCACCGCGUUUUUGAAUGGAU